CCGCAAUAGAAGCAUUAUUAUACCUCGUUCCAUUCGCGCUUCGUUUUUCGACCUUUUUGAAUAUCCGCGAGGGUGUCUGGUGAGCUAAAGCCGAUCGUGAAGAGUGAGAGUUAACCGGGCCGUUUCUGUUGGGGUGUGAACAGAACUGAUCCAUCCAUCGAUCAGUAAGCAAGCAGACGUAGCCGGAAGUGAGUGAAUGAGCCUUUUUUUUGCGUAGUGAUCCUGAAAGCAGUAUCGGGAAAAAAGGUAGAACAUCCCGUAAAGAGCCCUGACCAAAGUGGAAUUUAAAUCGAAAAGCAGUUAAUGAUUGCAUUUAAAACGGACAUUAAAUAGUGCGUGAGUGUGUGUGCGUGUGAGUGUAGUGGUAAAAACCGCCGACCGCCGUAUAAAACAUGUCUACCAAAAUCAGCAACGGAAACAGUGGUGGGGUCAAUCCCGCAUCCAACACAACGUCAAUUACCAGCAACAGUAAUAACAACAACGAUUCACCGGACGUACAAGUGACCGUUAAGGAUCUUCCGAUCUCGUUUAAGGUUAAAUAUCUUGGAAGCCAACCCGCCACAGGACUUUGGGGCAUCAAGCACACGAGGUUACCGGUGGAUCAUUUAGUCAGCGUUGCCAAAAACUUGCCCCCGAACCGAAUUCUUCCCUUCUGCAAUCUUACUGUAUCGCUUGACGGUGUGAAGAUUGAGUCGAUCACCUCGAAGCUAACGUCGGUGUCUAAUUUUACGAUCGAUACGAUUUCAUAUGGCGUGCAGGAUCUGGUGUACACGCGAGUGUUUGCAAUGAUCGUCGUUAAGGAGAACUACAACCUGAAGGAAAAGAACCCGUUCGAUGUGCAUGCGUUCGUGUGCGAUAGCAGAGCGAUGGCACGAAAGUUAACCUUCGCCCUGGCCGCCUCCUUCCAGGACUACUCGAAGCGAGUCAAGGAUGCGGAAGAAAAGAACGGCGGCAGUGGGGGCGACUCGGAGAAAUCGCUGCGAAAGAAGUUUGCCAUUGAUCUACGGACGCCCGAAGAAAUGCAACAGGACAUCACAGAGCAGGAGACGGAAGCGUGAUUUUUACAGGGAUGCGGACGCGUUCACCAACGUCCAUCAAGCGAAAAUACAAAAAUAAAACGCUGGAACGCUACACAACUAGAACAACACACCAACAGAACAUUCACACGGGACCAACCUGAGUGCAAAUCCUAGUCCUUAUGCUAACGAGCCAACUGGAGGACACUUUGGUUUAGUUAUACCUCCAGUAUCCAUUCCACGGUGCCGAAUGGAGUUAAGCGCUAUUACUUACUUACGUAUUGUACCAAAUGAAGCUUUUGUUUUUUUUUGUUUUUCUCGACCGUUCCGUCUACCGUACCGCUUGCACGGUUUUAUGCUAGUUGUAUAAUUUUAAAAAAACGAAUGAUCGCGAAACAUGCUUCCUAAUGUGGUUUUACGAGACGUGUCGAGGAUAUGCGAGCGAUGUGCGAGAUAGUUGGAAUGAAAUGUUGAAUAGGUAAAUAAGUUAAGGAAGGCUAGAGGCUUACGCUUUCUAGCUUCAUUAUUGCAAGCUACCGUGGCGAUUGAUUUUAUUUCAAUAAAUUUUUGUGAGUGCAAA